AUGUCUUCUUCUCGGCCGCUGCUCGGCCUCGUCCGGCGAGCCACCACCUCCUCCCAUGCCCGGCAGGUCCACGCGCAAAUCAUCCUCUGCGGCCUCCCCCUCCACAACCACCUUCUUUGCAAGCUGGCGGAGCUCCGCUCCUCCGACUACGCGCUCGCCGUCUUCCGCCGCCUCCCCUCGCCGCCUAACGACCACGCGUACGCCUCCCUCAUCCGCGCCUUUUCUGCAUCCGGCCCAUUUGAUUUCGCCCUCUCCUUAUACUCCCGCAUGCUCCUUGAAGGCGUCCGUCCCACCAACUUCACCUACCCUCCCCUGCUCAAUUCCUGCUCCGCCCUCUCCUCUGCCAACCUCGGCCGGCAGGUCCACGCGCACGUUGUCAAGUUAGGGUUCAUCUUCGACCUCUACGUAGGUAAUUCCCUCAUUGAUAUGUACUCCAAGUGUCUCCUCAUCGACGACGCCCACCAAGUGCUCGAGGAUAUGCCUGUGAGUGAUGAGGUGUCAUAUAACUCCCUCAUCUCUGGUUAUGCACGUGUUGGAGACAUGAACACGGCCCGUUCGGUGUUCGAAGAAAUGCCGCAUGCACAGAAUGUGGUCUGCUGGACUGCCCUUAUUGAUGGAUUUGGGAAGCAUGGAAUGAUAUCAGAGAUGCUCGAUAUUUUCAAACGAAUGCUUGUUUCCGCUGAACAUGUUCUUCCCAACUCAGCCACCAUGGUGUGCCUCCUAUCUGCAUGUGCAAAUGCUUCCAAUUGGGAGGUCGGAAAAUGGGUAGCGGGUUUCAUUGAGGUCAAUAUGAUCACAUUGGACUCAUUUCUUAGUACAGCACUAGUAGACAUGUAUGCAAGAUGUGGAGAUAUUGGAAAAGCAAGGAAAGUGUUUGAUAGUAUUUGUGACAGAAAUGUGGGGUUAUGGAAUGCUAUGAUCACUGGAUACCUUCAUGGAGGAUCCCCAGAAGACGCAGUCAGAUUGUAUCAUCAUAUGAGGAAAUUAUCCGUCGAACCAAAUGAGAUCACCAUGGUCAAUUUGCUUUCAGCUUGUGCUAGCCUGGGAGCUCUUGAUCUUGGGAGAGAAGUUCAUCGAACUUUGGCUAGAAAGAGAAUGCAGAUGAAUGUAAUUCUGGCCACUGCUCUUGUUGACAUGUAUUCCAAGUGUGGGGGCAUUAACGAUGCUUGCUUGGUUUACGUGAAGGCACCGAAUAAAGAUGUCGUUUUGUGGAAUGCAAUGAUAUCAGGGCUUACAGUUCAUGGAUAUGGUAAAGAUGCUCUAACAGUCUUUGUGAAAAUGGAGAGACUCGGAGUGAGGCCAAAUGAUUCUACCUUUGUAAGUGUUUUAUCGGCAUGUAGCCAUUCAGGCCUUGUAGAGGAAGGUAAAGCUAAUUUUCACAAGCUGCUUGACUAUGGAUUGAAUCCUAAGGUUGAGCAUUAUGCUUGCUUGGUUGACCUUCUUGGUCGAGCAGGGGAUCUAAGUGAAGCUGUUGCACUGAUACAAAGGAUGGUAGUCCCCCCUAAUUCUGUCAUCUGGUCUUCUUUGUUGAGUGCUUGUCGUAUCCAUGGGAAUGCUCAACUGGCUAGUGAAGUUGGACGGCUUGUUCUUUCGUCCGGUGAGGCAAGCUUAGGUUGUUGCAAACUGCUUUCUAACAUUUUUGCCAGUGUUAGCAGUUGGACUGAUGUAGCAAGAGUGAGGAAAUUGAUACACGAGAAAGCAAUGAUGAAUAUUUCCAGCUGCAGUUGGAUCGAAGUACAUGGGACUGUUUAUAGAUUUCUUGUAGAAGACACAAAGCUUGUAAGAUAUCAGCAGCUAUACACAAUGCUAACUAUUCUGAUGAGGCAGUUGGGUGAUGAAGGAUAUCAACCAGAUUCCGACAAUCUUGGGGAGCAUGUCUGA